GGGAGUAGAGGCCAUUGAAAUCAGUCGAGUUCGCCUUUUCGACACGUCAACAGGAGCACUUAGUCUAUCUGCCAUUUACUGUGUCAUCAAAUAUCAACCUGUUGCCAUGGCUAACUUUGCCAUCACGCUGCUGCUAGCUGUUGUCUCGAUGUUGGCUGGAUCUACUACGGGUGGACCAAUGGGCUCAUCUUCUGCAUCAAGUAGCUACACCACCAAGAAAGCUGAAUACUACACGACGACUUACGCUGCUCCCAACUACUACACUGAGGCCCCGAAGUACUACACCACUAAAACGCCGGAGUAUUACACCACGACGUAUGCAGCUCCUACUUAUUACACCGAGGCUCCAAAGUACUACACCACCAAGGCUCCCGAGUACUACACUACCAAGAAAGCUGAGUACUACACAACACCGGAACCUUAUUACACCACGACCUACGCAGCUCCCAGUUACUAUACCGAAGCACCAAAGUACUACACCACCAAAGCACCUGAAUACUACACUGAGGCUCCAAAGUACUACUCGGCUCCGAGCUACACCACCACAGCGGCUCCUUACUACACCACUGAAGCUGCCAAGUAUUACGUAGCCCCAACUUACUACACCGCUGCUGCCCCAUCUUACUAUGUUGAACCAGCUUACUACACCGAUGCUCCGCAAUAUUACUCAGCUCCUACCUACUACGAGACCGAGGCACCCAAGUACUCCGCAACUGCCGCCCCAAGCUACUACACCGAAGCCCAUAAGUAUUACGCUGCCCCAAGCUAUUACCAGACUGAAGCGCCCGUUUAUUAUACUAAAGCUCCCGAGUACUAUACCACUGCCACCUACUACACCACAAAAGCUCCCGAAUACUACACAACUGCCUCCUACUACACCACCAAGGCUCCAGAGUACUAUACUAUGACCUACACAGCCCCUAGCUACUACAACGAAGCUCCCAAGUACUACACCGAAGCUCCCAAGUACUACACCACCAAGGCACCUGAAUACUACACCGAGGCUCCGAAGUAUUUUUCAGCUCCAAGCUACACCACUACAGCUGCUUCUUACUACACCACUGAAGCUGCCAAGUAUUACCUAGCCCCAACUUACUACACCGCUACUGCCCCUUCUUACUAUGUUGAGCCAACUUACUACACCGAAGCACCUCAGUACUACGCUGCUCCAAGCUACUACACCGAGGCUCCUAAGUACUACACCACCAAGGCUCCAGAAUACUACACCACUGCUGCUUACUACACCACAAAGUCACCUGAGUACUACACAACCAAGAAAACCGAAUACUACACUGCGGCUCCCAAAUAUUAUUCUGCGCCAGCAUACUAGAUGUUGUUAAUAUUUCAUGUAAAGAGAAUUUAUUUAUUUAUUAGUUAUAUCGCUCUAAAAUUGAUGUAUUUAAUGAUUCAGUUCA